AGUCAUUUAAUUUUCGGUUCGCGGGAUUGAAAUGACGUGCUGUUGUUUCUUUUAAGUUCGGUGAUUCCAGCUCUAGGGUUUUGAUUUAGGGUUUAGGGUUUCGGCUUUGUUUACUGGUGUUUCUAUCAACUACUCAAGUGUAGUUUGAUCCCAUUGGGUUUUGGUUCUGCAACAAUGACAUUUGGUUUGCAUUGUAUGGUUUCUCCCUGGGUGAAUUCCUGCAUGUUUGGAAGCUGAAAUAACUCUAUCCACCUUGGGAAUUCUGAGCUUUUUUCUCUCUCAAGCAUGCUGCUUUACUUUCUUUAUGCAUAGACUGAGAGUUUGGUUUGCAUUAUAUGUUAUGCAAAGCGGAUUUGGACAAUAACUGUAAAUUGGGUUGUUAACUGGUUUCUGCGAUUCUUUAGUUCUGUGAAUGGCGUAAGAAUCUGUUCAUUCAGCAAUGCAAUCCCAGCAGGGCUCCAGAAUCAAUUUAGGUGAACUGAAAGUUCAGAUAGUGAAGAAGAUUGGGGCUGAGAGGUCAAAAAGGUAUUUUUAUAAUUUGAGUAGGUUUUUAAGUCAGAAGCUUAGUAAAUGCAAGUUUGAUAAGUCAUGUUACCGCAUUAUUGGGAGGCAUCAUUUGUCACUGCAUAAUCAGUUGAUACGUUCAAUCUUGAAAAAUGCAUGCCAGGCUAAGACUCCACCUCCAGUUCAUGAAGCUGCCGUGAAAUCUUUGAUACAAACUUUGAAAAGGUCUCCUGGUAGAGAAGAUGCUCAUGGUCAGACUAGAUCCCUUGUUCCCAACCAAAAUGUAGACAUUUGGUCAAAUGGAGUUUUCCCCGUGUCAUCCCCACGAAAGCCUAGCUCCGGAGUGCGGUAUAGAAAGCUCAGGGAUAGACCCCGCCCACUUGGGCCAAAUGGGAAGGUUGAGAGUAUCUUACAUCACUCGAUGACAAUGGAAGAUAAUGGCAGUAAAUUGGGUUUCGAAAAUGGUGAUUUGAUUUCCUAUGAUUACCAGAGACCAGUACAGCAUCUUCAAGCAGUUGCUGAGCUGCCUGAAAUUGACAGAGAAGGUUUGGCGCACUCUACAGAAAAACCAAGGCUGCUUUGUAAAAACCAGGCUGAAGCAGCUGUUGUUGAAGAUGGGGAGGUGCUGGAGCAAGUUAACCACAUUAAUCUCUUCAGAAGCCCUCUGCUAGAACCACUUGGGAUUCCAUUUUGCUCAGUUAGUGUUGGAGGGGCCUGCAAAGCUUUGCCAGUUGCAUGCCGUGGCUACUUCAUUAGCUACUAUGGUUGUGGUUGUUUAUAUGAUAAUGAGACAUUGAAGAAACGAAUGGAGCAGAUCGCAGCAGCACAGGGCCUUAGUGGGGUUUCUGUGGAAUGUGCUAGUUUGCUAAAUAACAUGUUGGAUGUAUACUUAAAGAAACUUAUCAGGUCGUGUGUAGAUCUGGUUGGAUCAAAGUCUACACCAGAAUUGAAAAAGCAGUUUGCCCAGAAGCAGCACCCUCAAGGAAAGCUUAUUAAUGGUAUGUGGCCAAGUAACCACUUGCAUAUGCAGAGUAGCUCUGGGCCCACAGAAGUUUUGCAGGAACCUGUGCAGCAUUGCUCGAUAUCUUUGCUUGAUUUUAAAGUGGCAAUGGAGCUAAAUCCCCAGCAGCUGGGUGAAGAUUGGCCGUUGCUACUGAAAAAAAUUUGUGUGCGUUCUUUUGAAUAGUGAAUUCUGUGCAAAAUGCUCUUGACAAAAACGAUCACUGACGGUCACAGUUCUUUCCCAUUAUUGACAUUAAACAGAUGGUGCCCAGUUGCAUAAAGCUCUGCACCUUGAAGAUGAAAUUGUGGGUUAAAGUGUGGGCAUGCGUGUACCCCUGCCGCAGAGCCAGGAUAAAUCUGGAAAUUACUUCUGAGCAACUGAGCUAAGUUGCUUAAAAAGGAAGUACUGACAACUGGUUGUCAUGUUGUACGAUUAGCAUUGUUUUUGGCCAUCUUCUGCCACUUCAACAGAUCUCAAGCUUUUUUUUGCAAACUGCAGUCAUCGAGUAGGAAGCCUAAGAAAGUUUUGCAGGAAAAUUGUUUUGUAGCUUGUUGAAAGGUAAAUUUACUUACGUAAGGGCUUCUGUAUAAGGCUAUAUGUAAUUUUAAAAUCUGAGAAUUUAUUGAG